AUGGCAACCACAGAGCCCAGCACAUUAGAAAAUGCGCUUGCACUUCUUUGUAUUACUAUGGUAUCAUUAUUCGGAUUGACCGGCAAUGGCUUAUCAAUUUUUAUCACAACUACAAAUUCACAUUUUCAGAAUGCCUAUGGCACUCUGCGUACUAUAGUUUUGCUGUGUAAUAUACAAACAAUAUCAGUUUUAUCGAUAUGGAGCGCUGUUGUUAUAUUAACGGGUUUCCGUGAACUAUCAUCACCGACAUAUUUCAUCGCCUUAAUACCCGGAUGUUUGGCAAAUGCGUCUUUCUACGGAGUAGUAUUGGUAAAUUUGUUAAUUGCAGUGAAUAGGUACUGCGCAUUUGCAUAUCCUUUGAAAUAUCACAUUUUUUGGACCGUACCGAAAGCUCGCUGUGCGGGAAUUAUUGUCUAUUUCUUCGGGUUCCUACCGUGUUUGCCCAGCAUUUUUGAACCAUGUACCCUCAUUUUUAAUACGGAAUUGGAUUUUCGUUGGAGUUACAGCAACACGAGUUGCGGUAAGAUAAAUUCGAUGCUCGACACAAUGUUGGCUAUUUCGAUGAUAAUCAUAGCAGAAUGCAUCGACUUCAUGACCUAUGAAUUGUUUAUUCGUUUCCAGUCGUGUAUCAGUGGACUAACGAUGAUCAUGCAUGCUCUUGUCUUUAAUAUUGGCCCACAUUUUCUGACCAAUAAAUGGGCUUUAUUUGUUGUCACGACAAUUAAUUGGGUAGCAGUGCAUGUAUUGGAUGGGUGA